AUGGAAAUAAUAGUGAGGGAUGCUAGAGAAAUAUUGGGUGAGAGUAGUGGCAAGAUGUUCGAAAAUAAGGAAACAUGGUGGUUCAGUGAAGAAGUGAAGGAUGCAACAAAGCAAAAGAAAGAAGCAAAGAAAAGGUGGGAGGGCACCCAAGUGGAAGAGGACUGGAUGGCCUAUAAGGAAGCAAAUAAGUUAGCAAAGAAAACUGUAGCAACUGCUAAGGAUAGAGCAUAUGAUCAGCUUUACAAAGAGCUAGAUACCAAGGAAAGGCAAGGAAAGAUUUUUAAACUAGCACGCAUGAGAAAUAAGAGUACCAAGGAUAUAACACACAUAGGACAGAUUAAGGAUAAGGAUGAAAAUGUACUGAGAAAUGAGAGACACAUGCAAAGGAUAUGGGAAGAAUAUUUUGAGGCCUUAUUGAAUGAAGAAAAUGAAAGAUGA